AUGUCACAGGCGGAAUAUCACAAACCACAUGCUUUGGUGUCUAAAAAAACUUUUGACCAUGUAAAACGCAGUGGUCAGGUGAGAGAUAAGAGAUUGACUGUGGUGGACACCCCAGGAUGGUGGAAGGGCUACCCUCUGAUUGACACAGCAGAGCGAAUCAAACAGAAGCUAGUGUUGAGUGUCCAACACUGCCCUCCAGGACCUCACGCUUUCAUCCUUACUGUUGAAACUGGUACAUUUACGGAGACAAACAGGAGGUCUAUAGAGGAGCACUUGGGGCUCUUUGGGGAGAACAUCUGGGGACACACCAUAGUGGUGUUCACCAAAGGAGACUCUCUGAAGGAUAAAAGCAUAGAGCAGCACAUUGAAAGUCAGGGGGAGGCUCUAAAGUGGGUAACAGAGAAAUGUGGGAACCGAUACUGCGUCUACGACAAGCAGACUAAAGAUCAAAACCAGGUCAUCCAGCUGUUGGAUCAGAUAGAGAGUGUUGUAGUGAAUAACAGCGGCAGACAUUUUGAGCUUGAUGAGACAACUUUAAAAGAGGUUGAAGAGAAGAGGAAAGUUGCUAAGGUGCGAGCAAAUGCACGAAGAGAAAAGAAAGAGAAAAGAAGAGAAGAAGAGAAAAGAAAACGACUCAAAGGUCAGAUCCAGCCUCUGUCAGAAGUCAGAAUUGUUAUGUUAGGGUGGGUUACUUGUGGGAAAAGUUAUGCCAAAAAUGUCAUCCUGGACAAAAAAGAUGUUCGCCCCAGUAGAACUCAUCAAUGUAAAAAACAUGAAGGAUCAGUUGGUGACAGACAUGUCACUGUGGUGGACACUCCCGGCUGGUGGAAGUACUUCCCCGCCCACUACACUCCUGAAUGGGUGAAGACGGAGCUUGAGCGAAGCGUGACUUUUGGUUCUAAGGCUCCCCAUGCCUUCCUGUUGGUGGUCCCAGCUGAUGUGUCGUUCCUGGAGGAACAGAGAAAGGGAAUUCAAGAGAACAUGAAGAUGUUUGGUGAAAUGGUUUGGAGAAACACUAUUGUGCUCUUCACCUGGGGAGAUACUUUGGGGAACACAAGCAUCGAAGAGCACAUUGAGGGUGAAGGAGAACCCCUCAGAUGGCUUGUGGAGAAAUGUGGGAACAGAUAUCAUGUCUUUGACAACGUGAAUGGAGGAGAUGGAUCACAAGUCCACCAGCUUCUAGAGAAGAUUGAGGAAAUGGAUGCAAGUGUUAGUUCCUGUGACGGGACCCCGAAAACCCCAGAAACGGAAGUAACAGAGAGUCACAGAAGAGAAAAGGAGGUGAGGAAAGAGAUGGUGGAGUUUCUGGACAAAGAGUGGACCAGAAGGGACAAUGAACUGGAGGAGAAGGUGAGAGCGAUGUGGCGAGAGACAAGGAGAGGAGACAGGAGCAUGGAUCACAUUCCAGACUUUUCAGUUCAGGAAAAUGAAGUAUAUUUGGAUACCAGGGGAUUGCCAAUUAAAUUUCCAUUGUUAUCAGGUGCACCUCAAAGCGAAGAAAGCUGAGUGUAUGCUGCAUGUCCAUGUUGUACCAGAGAAACCAGGACAAGCAGAACAUGAACCUCCUGAACUGACUGAAAGGAACAUGCAAGAGAUGUUUAGACGGGAAUUGGCCCGACGCGAAGUUG